CACUGCUCCUGCAUUUGAAAAGUGUUGUCGUCUUUCAUUUCCAAUGCCUUCCCUGUCCCCCCUAAUCAUUUGACUGUUCUUGUGGCUUCUUCUUCUAUUCUCUACAUUCGAUCCUUUAUUUUCCUCCACUUUGCUCAAUUCGCCGAAAUUGAUUCACUUGUCCACGAGAACUGUAGACACGACCUCCCAUUAUCUCGCAUUCACGGAGUUAACUCCAUGUUAUGGUAUCGGAUAUGAGACUGUCUUAUUGUUGAACCCAAUUACCCUUUCUUGUUCAGUAUUUCCUUUCGUUACACCACUUUUUCUUUUCUUUUCUUUUCUUUUCCCUUUUUUAUUGCUACGUCGUGGCCAAUACUUCGAUCCUUCUCACCGGAUAUACGCCGUUUCCUCCCCUCAUUACUAAACCGGAAACUCACAGGGAGGGGUCCUCCACUAUAGCGGAAAUGGACUCUGCAUCAAGUACCGGUGUGAAUUUAGCCUCUGAUAUACGGCGCCGAAAUGUCCCGCAUACUGAGGGGCCUAGAAAGAAACCCGAUGGCACGGAGGAGAGCAAGCCUAAAUCCAAUUCACCAGUUUCCAUCCUAGAUAAUUGGGAACCCCUGAUAAUGCCCAUUCUGUUGACGGCUGUAGCUAUCUUCACUCGCAUGUACCGGAUUGGUCGCUCGAAUAUCGUGACUUGGGAUGAAGCGCACUUUGGCAAGUUUGGGUCACAUUACUUGAAACGUGAGUUCUACUUCGACGUACACCCGCCGCUGGGGAAAAUGCUUGUCGGCUUGUCGGGUUAUCUUGCCGGUUACAAUGGGUCGUUCGAGUUCAAAUCCGGUGAUAAAUAUCCGGAAGAAGUCAAUUAUACUUUUAUGCGCGUCUUUAACGCUGCAUUCGGCGUCGCGUGCGUGCCACUUGCUUAUUAUACAGCACGAGAACUUGGCUUUCGCAGAGCUACUAUCUGGCUCGUGAGUUUGAUGGUGCUCCUUGAUAACUCAUACGCAACCAUCUCAAGGUUUAUAUUACUGGAUUCCAUGCUGCUCUGUUUCACGUUCACUACCACCUUCUGCUGGGCAAAGUUUCACCGACUACAACAUGCGAGUUUCUCUAUUGAGUGGUUUGCCUGGCUAUUCCUGACCGGGAUAAGCAUUGGCUGUGUGUGCAGUGUGAAGUGGGUAGGCUUCUUUUGCACAGCGCUUGUAGGCCUCUAUACGAUCGAGGAUCUAUGGAACAAAUUUGGCGAUCUAAAGAUGUCAGAGGUCGUCCUUGCCAAGCAUCUCAUGGCUCGUGUGGUGGGGCUGAUCAUUAUACCCGUUUUGGUUUAUGUAUUUUCAUUCUACCUGCAUUUCUUGGUUCUGGAAAAUAGUGGACCGGGCGACGCCCAAAUGAGUUCACUUUUCCAGGCUAAUCUGAGAGGAACUGAGGUCGGGAAAGAUAGCCCCCUGGAAAUUGCUCUUGGUUCUAGAGUCACACUGAAGAACAUGGGUUACGGCGGUGGGCUUCUCCAUUCGCAUAUCCAGACAUACCCUGAGGGGUCCACCCAGCAACAGGUUACCUGCUAUCACCAUAAGGACGCCAACAACGACUGGUUCAUCUACCCAAGCCGCCGCGAGCCAGAGUAUGAUCCGAGUGCGCCUCUAAAGUUUGUAGGUGAUGGUGAUGUCAUUCGUCUUAUUCAUGGACAGACAGGCCGAAAUUUGCACUCUCAUGUUAUUUCUGCACCCAUUACCAAGUCACACUACGAAGUCUCAUGCUAUGGCAAUAUCACUAUCGGUGAUGAUAAAGAUCAUUGGUUGGUUGAGGUUGUUGAUGAUGUUGCAUCGAAGGAUAGAAGUAAAAUCAGGACUCUUACCACUGCUUUUCGCUUGCGACAUCCUGUCCUGGGUUGUUAUUUACGAGCAGGCAACGUUAAUCUCCCCCAAUGGGGCUUCAAACAGAUUGAAACCACAUGCGUGAAGGAGAACAAACCGAGCGAUGUUUACACACACUGGAAUGUCGAGUCUCAUGCUAACGAUCGGCUUCCACCGGGUGAUCCGGGAUCCUAUAAGUCGCCUUUCAUGAAAGACUUCAUCCAUUUGAAUGUUGCCAUGAUGACAUCCAAUAAUGCGUUGGUUCCCGACCCAGAUAAGCAAGAUGAUCUCGCCUCAAAAUUUUGGCAGUGGCCUAUACUUAAUGUUGGGCUCCGGAUGUGCUCCUGGGACGACAAUACGAUCAAAUACUAUCUCCUUGGCAACCCAUUCGUUUACUGGGGAAGUACAAUUAGCCUUGGAGUCUUUGGGCUCUUGGUAUUAUGGUAUCUCGUGCGCUGGCAGCGAGGCUACAAUGAGCUUUCCCAGGCAGAUAUUAACCAUAUCCAUUAUUCUGGCUUGUACCCAGUCAUUGGAUGGAUUCUGCAUUAUCUGCCUUUUAUUGUCAUGGGAAGAGUGACGUAUGUUCAUCAUUACUACCCAGCACUGUACUACGCCAUUCUUACCUUUGGCUUCUGUGUUGACUGGCUCACGCAAACAAUGAAUGCUAAAUCCAGCUGGAUGAUCUAUUCUUUACUUUAUGCUAUCAUAGUUGGAAUGUUUGUGCACUUCCGCGUGAUUGUGUUUGGCAUUGAAGGUUCAAGUCAACAGUGGGGUCAUUUGGACUGGCUGAGCGGCUGGCGCAUCGCCAAUUAAAACACCUUGCCUCUUCUGUCAUUCCCUCCUGCUGUCUACUUUUCUUUCCUCUUUUGUCUCCCUAUACUUUGUUUUACCUUCCUUCUUUAUUAUCGCCCUACCGCUGCUUUCAGUCCCCCUUGAUUCCAUUGUAUUGCUAUUAAAUUACUAGGUACCUUUACUAUGGUUUAUGUAGCACAUCAUCGGCCAUGUCGGCGAUAUCAAUGAAGUUUUUAAUUUACCAUGUCAAA